UCCUCAUUUUUUUCUUCUUUUUUUUAAAGAAAAAUUUUCUUGGACUUCUCUCUUUCUUCUUCUUCUCUCCCAAGCCGCUAUUUGAUCCAUGGAACUCGAACUCAACGAGUCCUUAAACUAAAAACGGAGUUUGUGGUUAGUGUAAAGACGUGAUUUUGGCAUUUGGGUCGACGUUAGACCCGGUUUUCUCGGUGAACGUAGGACCGUCGUUGAGCACGAAAUGGUACUGUGAUUUUUUGGGUUUUUGCCGGAAAUGGUUGUGUUUUCAGGGAGAAGGUGGCUUUAAUUCAUUAGUUUUGGACUAAGUUUGCUGGAGUAUGGCGCGGCGUCAUGGAUGGCAACUACCUUUCCACACAUUUCAGAUUGUGGCUAUAACAGUCUUUUUUGUGCUCUCUGUUGCAUACUACGCCUUCUUCGCUCCCUUUCUUGGGAAGGACACUUAUGAAUACGUUGCUGUUGGCGUUUAUUCGGUCUUGGCAUUCUCUGUAUUUAUUCUUUAUGUAAGAUGCACAGCUAUUGAUCCUGCUGAUCCUGGGAUACUGCUUGAAGUUGACAAGACUUCAUCCUACAAAUCUCACAACAACACAGGAAAUGAAUCUUUCUUUGAAGAACCCAGCAAGAUAAGAUUAAAGAAUGGAGGAAAGUCUGAUAUACAUGGCUCAAGCUGGUGCUCAAAACUUGGUGGUUUGUUUUGUUGUUUUCUUGUAAGAGAAGAUUGUCGCAGUGAUGAAAAUCUGCUAUCGCACCAAUCUCGAGAAGAAGAGGCUCUGUUUUGCACUUUGUGCAAUGCUGAGGUACGGAAGUUCAGUAAACAUUGCAGAAGUUGCAACAAAUGUGUUGAUGGAUUUGAUCAUCACUGUCGGUGGUUGAAUAAUUGUGUUGGGAGGAAAAACUAUUUCAGUUUUGUAUGCCUAAUGGCAGCCAGCCUUCUUUGGCUCACCGUUGAAUGUGGUGUGGGUAUUGCUGUCUUUGUUCGAUGCUUUGUGGACAGAAACACUACAGAGCAUCAGAUAACAGAAAGACUCGGAGUUGGAUUUUCUCGUCCCCCCUUCGCCACUGUGGUGGGGCUAUGCACAGCCGUUUCGCUUUUGGCUAUUGUGCCUCUAGGAGAAUUGUUCUUUUUCCAUAUGAUUCUCCUCCGGAAGGGUAUCACAACAUAUGAAUAUGUCGUUGCUAUGAGAACACAAAGCGAACCUCCUGGACCAUCUGUAGAUGGAGGUGAUCAACAGACUCUACCAUCUUCGCCAACAAGUUCAGCUGUAACUGCGAUAAGUGGCAGAAGUUCUCUUGGAAUGAGCUUGCAAUAUAAAGGUGCUUGGUGUACUCCUCCACGAAUUUUCAUGGACCACCAGGUCAUCCAUGAGCAGGAUGAAAUCAUCCCACAUUUGGAGCCAGGGCGCUUACCGUCUACUGUUGAUCCGGAUGCAAUACCAGCUGACAAGGGGAUAAAGGUAUCCCAACGACCUGUUCGAAUCAGCGCAUGGAAACUUGCAAAACUUGAUUCUAAUGAGGCAGUGAAAGCAGCUGCUAAGGCUAGAGCAUCAUCUUCGGUGCUUCGUCCCGUAAGUUCCCGGCACCAUCCAUAUGAUGCUGAUCAGCUAUCCAGCAGCAAUGCAAGUGGAAGAAGCAGUCCAAUAAGUACUGAUCAAGGGUUUCACAACAAAAAUACGAAAGCAGGGACAUCAAGGUUAUUUGCUUCCAAGAGUUCAUAUCUGCCUAGUCAUGCUAGCAGGGAAGAUAUUGAGACAUGCGAUCACAGUCUUAGUAACUUCAGCAGCCCUCGACUUUCCAACCUCACUCCUUCUCCAUUGCAGCAACAAACAUCAAACGUAGAUCACUUUAACCCCAUGUAUAGAACCUCAGCUGAUCAGUCUCCUUGGUCAGUGAAACAAAAUGAGGGGAAUGAAUAUGCUGCUCAGGCAGAUGUAAUGAGAAUUCCUAUGAAGAAAAACUCGGGUACUGCAGAAAAUUUGAGAAGUUCAGUUUAUUGGGAUCAAGAAGCUGGACGCUUUGUCUCUUCAUCUUCGGGAGUUGUUGGCUCUUCUUCCCAGGCUCCUGGAACUGAGCUUUUGUUCACGGGUCAAUCCAUAUUUUUCGGUGGCCCUCUUGUCAAUGAACAUCAGAACCGAGGGGCAAGAAACUACAGUUCACUGACUGCUGGCCAGGAUCUAAAUGCCAUGUCAAGUCAUUACCAGCAGCAGGGAAGAUCUCAUAGGGGUGGCCAGCUCCCUGUGUUUGUUCCAAGUGACCUUCAGCAAAACCAAUCUCAUAGGGGGAACUGAAUUGUUUUUCCAGGUUCACAGAUAGAAGAAAUUCCCUUUUCUAAUUCCAUUUGAUUUUCUUUUUCACUGCGGAUUUCGGAUCAACCGUGCCAUGUUGUUAACGCACAUUACUGUAAUACUCUCUGGAAUUCAUACUUGCUAGGACAGAGAGCUUUUAUAAUCUUAGGUAGAAUUGAAAUUCAUGAGCAAUAGAAAUCAAGAGUUUCUGACA